ACAGCUCCAUCGCGAAUGUUGCGCAACGAACAGAUCAAUUUCUGACUCAUAUCGUGCAUACACUGUAAAUACUAAGCUUCUGAAUUUCCGUCAUGGCCAAAUCCAUGGAUCUCGACGCUAUUCCGCCCUCCUCACCACCUCACAUGAGCACCUUGGACUCGUCCCCAUUUCCCCCCUUCUUCGAGCCGCAGCACUCCGCUUUCACUUCAAAGUCUAGUUCGCCACCCCCGACAUUCUCUAGCGAUGACUCGCGCGAAUCCGUGGACGUGACCAAUUACCAGUCGCCUCGCAUAUACAAGAACAAGCGGAAGGGCACGUGGUGGGAUAACCGCGAGUCUGCGCACACCACUCCGGAGGUAAAAAAGACUAAAUUCUCCCGUAAUUUUGACUCGGGUAUAUAUAUGCACAGCGACGCAUCCGACAGCUCCGACGAUCUUCCACCCCCACACAAAUCACCUUUCGCUCUAAACAUCACCUUUUCGGAUACCGACGAUGCAAUUGACGUCGGCGACAUCCAUGAAGAAAGGACUGCGAUCGGAGUCUCGAGAUACCCUAGGAUAACAAUAUCUGCGACAGAGCGGGCAUUCAACGACCAGGUUGAGGAAGGCUUGGCAAACAAUCAAGAACAGUACAACUUUGAGGAUGAAGACCUUGGAGAUCGCGAUAUCACGCGCAUCGGCGAUCUGAAGAACGUUAUCAGGAACCCCCCGGUCUACGACAAUGAGCUCCCCACUGAGGGUCAGUUCAGGUCACUGGAGCCAGAGCUGCGUAUUGUCCUGAACAAGAACAAGCUGCAGACACUCACGCCCACUCUGUUCGACAUCGAGUUUCUCAAGAGUCUUUAUCUGCGGGAGAACCAGAUUGAAGAACUCCCACAGGAUAUUCGUCGCCUCCGGAACCUGCAGGCUCUGGAUGUAUCAAGGAAUAAACUUCAGUAUUUUCCAUUUGAUAUUAUCCGCCUACUCCAGCCCUAUGGUGGUCUAGAACGUCUUACCACCAUGGGCAACAAUCUGCUGGAGCCUAUGACCUGCGCGCGAUUCCGGACCAGCGACUAUGUCCCACAAGAGGAAGGCACCCUCUAUGACAUGGACGCCCUGCCCCUGGACCGUGUACGGGAUGAUGCAAGGAAACAGCUUGCGCAUCUCUAUGAGAAUCUGGACACGUACGAAGAUCGCGACCAGGCCAUCUGGCGCAUCCGGUACUAUGAGUCCUGGGCCAACUCUUUCGAUGGCGGCGACGAUGCUCGUGAGUGCGAAGUGGAGAAAGACACCUGCCUCUAUCCUCAUCAUCCCACACUCAACUUAAGGGACAUUGAUGACCCGAACGUCAUGGCACAUGCACCACAGUACAUUGCCAGGACCUUGGUUACCUACUACGACCAGUGUGGCACCCAGUUUCCCAAGUCCUCUUCCCUCCCUUCCUCUGGCCAGGACCAAUACCCAAUUCUCAUCGAAACCAGUCGCGGCACGUAUGGCGUUCCGUCAUCAUACUGGUUCAAGCCAGCAUCCUCGUCAAGGGUCUUUCCCCUACUUACAUCAAGUCUUCAUCAGGCACUGCGACACGCUGCCCCAGAGGACAUUAGGAACUUGGUCUCUGGAAAUGGUCGAUACAGACUGCCGCGUGAGGUAGAAGGGUUCCUUCGCCGAGCAGAUGAAAACAGCAGGGGCGGAUACAGUGCCUUUCGCCAAUGUCACGUCUGCUCCCGGGAUUACGUGGUUGCUAGGGCAGAGUGGGUUGAAUUUUGGAGCUUUGGAUAUGGUGUCUUUCUACCACUGAAGGUCAGCGUCUGCUCAUGGGGCUGCGUGCCCGCUCAGAUGAUGCAGGAGCCCGAGAAGCUGUUGGAAUUGUGA